UAUGCCAUGGUUUAUACAAUGGAUUGCUAAUCAAUAAGGUUGAUUAUUUGGCAAUGUUAACUUUUAUUUAAUUCGCUAUCCUACAAUUCAGAAAGUUACGCAGUACAUUUUAUUGUCAAAUCUGUAGCAAUUGUAUUUUUAAAUUAAAAAUGGCGGGCAUGGGUAACUUAUCGAUCGCAGAAAAGGAAGAACUUAUUGGGCAGGUCAAGCAACAAAUUGCAGUGGCUAAUGCUCAAGAAUUGUUGACGAAAAUGACAGAGAAGUGCUUCAAAAAAUGUGUGGCUAAACCAGGUGUACAAUUGGAUUCUUCUGAGCAGAAAUGUAUUUCAAUGUGCAUGGAUAGGUAUAUGGAUUCCUGGAAUUUGGUGUCACGCACUUACAGCAAUCGUUUGCUACGUGAACAGAAUAAGAUGUAGAAGUGUGAAAAUAGUAGAGUGUUCGACGAUUUGCAAGUUUUACGUGUCAUCAAUCAUGAUUUAGUUUUAUGAACAAUAUUUUAGGCAAACGUUGUUACUUUAAAAUUCUACUGAUUUAAAAUAUAAUUUUUUUGUUAUAUAAAUAAAUUUUACAAAUUAA